ACCGGGCCCGGCCCGGGUACCUCAUCCCUGCUCCAGCCACCCCGCUCUAACGGUGCUGCCUGAGCCCCAGCGUCCCCAGGGUGCCCUGGGUGGGGAGCAGGGCUAUGGGGUGCCCUCUUUAACGAUGCUUACCCACCCUCAGCAUCCUCAGGGUGCCCUGGACAGGGAGCGGGGCGAUGGGAUCCCCCUCUAAUGAUGUUCUCCAGCCCUCAACAUGCCUGGGGUGCCCCGCAUGGGGAGCAGGACAGCGGGAUCCCCUUUCUAAUUAUGCUCUCCCAACUGCCAACAUCCUUGGGGUGCCCUGGAUGGGGAGCAGGACAGCGGGAUCCCAACUGCCAACAUCCUUGGGGUGCCCUGGAUGGGGAGCAGGACAGCGGGAUCCCCUUUCUAAUUAUGCUCUCCCAACUGCCAACAUCCUUGGGAUGCCCUGGAUGGGGAGCAGGACAGCGGGAUCCCCUUUCUAAUUAUGCUCUCCCAACUGCCAGCAUCCUUGGGGUGCCCUGGAUGGGGAGCAGGGCAAUGGGGUCACCCCUCCAGUGAUGCUCUCCAACUUUCCAGAAUCUCCUCUGCCCUUUUUCUCGCAGCAGUAGUUCCUGGGAAGAGUUUCAGAGGGAGCUGACACAGCCCCAAGUCCAUCUCCGCUCUUGAGUCACGCCAAUACCUGGGUGGUGUUUGGUCCCCCAGACAGUGCAGGUGCUCCGAUGGCCCAGGCACGUCUGAACUGUGAGAUUCACCCUUAACGACUGCAGCCUGAGAGCCAUGGCAAGGAAGGACUGAAUACCCCCUGGCACACCGGUCCGGAUACAGAACGGCUGUGAGAACGCAAAUGCUCUGAUUUCCCUCAGUCUCCUUGUGGUGCUGGAGGUGGGCAGUUGCCCCCGACCUUGAUUCUGCCUGAUCUGUCCAGACCACAGAAGCAAGGCUAAGCCCGUUGCCAGGUGCAUCCAUGUACAUAAGCCAAGUGAGCAAUAGCCAUGGGCCGAGACCUCCCAGAUUCCUACAUGUCACCCAGCAGGUCAUGGUGACCUGCAGAUGACAGUCCCUAGGAUAUCUUGUGCCCUGUCCCACUGAGCCACCCACUCCUACCCAGCUACGUCCCUCAGCUUCGCACACGGCAUUUCCUGGGCGGCUUGAGCAGACGUAGGUAUGCUGAGCGGUGCUGCAGACGGGUAGGACCGCAGAGGCAAGUGGUGGGAUGUGUUGCCUCAUGUCCCUGACAGAUGGCAAAUGUAUUGUCCUUUAACACAGCCGUUAGUCGCAGAGUCCAGCCCUGCUGUUUCGACACUGACUCAGGCAUGAAGACACAUCUCCAAGCAUGGACAAGGACAGCCAGGAUGUUCACCAGGUGCUGAAUGAGCUGAAGAACAAGUUCCAGGAGAUGAGGAAGCUGAUCAGCUCCAUGCCCGGCAUCGGUGUGAGCCCAGAGCAGCAGCAGCAGCAGCUGCAGAACCUGCGGGAGCAGGUCCGGACCAAAAAUGAACUGCUGCAGAAGUACAAGAGCCUUUGCAUGUUUGAAAUCCCCAAGGAGUAGGAAGGGCACAGCUCUGCUCUCUGGGUCCGAGAUACCUCCUCUUCUGGCUGAACAGGAGAGAAAAAGGUGGCAGAAGUUUACUUUUCUUUCUUCUAAGCCUUUUUUGGUCACAUUGCUCUGAAGUUGUCUCUGUGUGGAUCACAGGCGUGUGACACUGAACCAGAACACUGUGUGCUUCACAUAUGAUGAUUGCAGCGGUACGUUCACUUUGAUCUGCUGUAGGACCGUGCAUUUGUAUAUGCAUCUCUUCUGUUUUCUCUUGGGGUGGGGUGGCGGGGUUUUUUUUACAUUCAAGCAAGCAGGAGACAUUAUGUUUUCUCCUCACUAAGGGUCAAAGUACCUGCUGGUUAACUUCAACAAGAAAAAGAGGGCAUUUUCUGCAAUUUUUUUCACGUCUGAACUGACACAAGUGGCCAGACGUCGAAAGGGAGCAUGAGAGGGAAGCGUGAGCUGUUUGGCCCUGCUCCUGGAAAGGGUCUCUGGGGCGCUUUCCAGUCUGUGUGUGUUGAAAGAGGAAUGAUUGCUUUCAAUAACUUUUGUAUUUCUCUCUCUCUCUUUUUAAACAGUGAUGGUUGUGUCCAAGAUGAGUAAAGAUUUAGAAAUUCCAAACUGCCCCUCUUGUGUAAUCACUGAGUGGAUGUGGGCUGAGCAGGGGCAGGACUUUGGCAGGAGAGAGGACGUGCGUAGCCUGGGCCCAGCUCCUGUCUCUUUACAUCACUUUUUUGGAAGCAGGGUGACGGGAGAGCAAAGCAGGGGCUGCCGGGGGAGUGGAUUUUGGUCGGCUUUGGGUGCGUAAAUCUCCUUGGGUGAGUGCAGCUUGUAGGCAGUAUGCUGGGCAUCUUGCUCUUAAAACAGAGGGAGGGCAAACGGAAUCAAAACAAAGGCAUAAAUGACAGCUUUUAGUUAUUCCAUGCGUGACAGAAGUCAGGCCCAACAGGACGGGUCAGUUCCACAUCCAAAGUGCUCCAGGGGCUUUUUACAAACACAGGCAUUUGAGCGGCUUGACCAUUUGCCAGCGACUGAUGGAAAGCUCUCAAAUGUUGUAUUGCAUUCAGGUGGAUCUCGAGGUUCCCUGCCCUCUGUCCUCCCGCUGGUAGCUCUUACAGUAGCAGACGACGACCUGGUAAGCAGCACCACAUCUCUCCCGACUAACACAGAUGUGAUGGGACCUUAAAUUUCAUGGUUCUCUGAAUUAUGCUGAAAGGUGGUGCCGGUCAGUAGUGGAAGAGGCGAAAAAACAUCUAGUGAAAUAGAGUAUCUGCUGAGAACCAGGGUCCGAAGGCAGGUAGCACUCGUGCCUUCAAAAGAAAAGAAGUGAGCUCUGUUUGGGGUAGGGUUUUCCUUUCCUGAAGCAAAAGGCGAGUAAUUCUGCUCGUUGGGAGCUGGGAUAGUUACGACACACCUGAACCCUAGACAUUACUCUGUCCCCACUGGAAUACUUUACCAGUACUUUCUUUGGGAAGGUGCCAGUGUGUAAACUCUGAGUAAAGCAGAACACCAAGAUAAACAAAGCACAAUGUACCCUCUUUUUAUUACCGAAAUUACCUUUCUGCCAGCCAUCGCCUGUCCCAGCUCAAUAAAUUCUUGUGUUUCAUGCCUGGAUGCUGGCUUCCCUUUUUUUGCCAGUUGCUGUUCCUGUGAAAUCAGGGCAUACGUGGAGUUGGAAGAAAUGUGUUUCCAAAGAAAUGCCUGGCACUUAACACAGGAACAAGUUGACUCUGUCAACUUGAAUCCAAGUUUCAAACGAAACUGAAGCAGUUUGGUUUGCGGUGUCGCUCACCCACCUUAGUUUUGUGGCUUUGAUAGAAUUUUUUUGCCAUUAAUAUGUAUGAAACGUAGAUUUGUUCUGCUGCUUGGGGGUGGGGAACGGGGGCUGAAAAUGAACCCAAGCAAGCUGGAGCCGGGGAGAGCUGUUCUUUGAAGAGCUUUGCCCUUUCCCUUUCGCUUCCAGCAGUGGUUACUGUGACUUGUUAUUAGGAAGGGAUUAAAAAACAUCAGAUGCAAAGGUAACCUUUCGAGCAAAGUACUUCCUUUACUCGUAUUGCAAAAUAAAAACAAUAUCCCGGACGGGGCGCAAAUGAAUCACUCUCUGUUGACAUCAUUAAAGUGUGCUUGGUUGAUGGGGAAAAAGCAUGAAACACAAUCAGCUCUUUAUAACGAAGUGAUGUCAGUCAGUCUGCUCGGUUUCUGCAGCCAGCGGUGUGCCAAUGCCCGGCGUGUCAUGGGGCUGGCAGGAUCGUAACUCGGCGCUGGUGAAGUGAGGAAAGAGUCCUGGCGCCGUGACCCGUUUGAGUAACUCUGUGCAUGGCCCCUCAUUACCCCCUGUGGCAAGAAACCGGCUGCUUGCAGCGACGGAAACCUUUGCACUGGGAGUCGGGGAAAAUGGGGUGGUAAAGGGAUUGAGUUGAGAGGCCGUUUUUAGCACCUCGGAGCUGGGCUUGGGUCUCGGUUUAACAGGAUUUGGUUUUGCUACAGGGCUGGGUGAGAAAGCAAAA